ACUCCCCCUCCCCUGUUCCUUCCCUAUAAAGCCUCCUUUCCACAUCUCUCCUCUUCCCUUCUCUCUGCAAGUUGCUCUGUCUCCUUCGAAAUCCCAUCGCCCAAAAACCAAAACUUGAUCUCAAAAAUUAAAAAGCUGUUUUUUAGCUUUAAUUUUACAGAAAUCCCAACAUCUCCUCCUCCUCGGCACUAAACUGUUCUCAGAUCUGAAAAACCUAUUAAUGGGGGUGAAUUUUUUUAAAUUUUUUAUUCAGUGGCUUUAAUGUAAUUUGAAUGUCGUUUCGAGGGUAACUGUGUUUCGAAUACAAAUGCAUGCGUUUUCAAUCGGAUUGCUUUGAAGGCGGGGAAAGUUGAGAUUGGCUGUUCUGUGGCAAUGACGUAAAAUACAGUAACGUGUGAGGGUUAAAGAAGAAAAAAAAGGAUGGGAUCUGGUGGGAGCAAGGCGUCUUGCGGAGGUGCAUCGUCGUCGGUGUCGGGGACGGGCAGUGGGGGGCGGAGGAGGAGAUCUAAAGGCAAGAGUAUGGUUUUCCAGUCGUGUCUGGGGCCGCCAUCUGGAUCUCGUAAUUCUGAUGUUGACGAACAGGUGAAAAUUGAUGCUUACAGAAAGGUUAGAGUUGAACAAUCGGAUGAGAAUAGGCCGUGUGUUUCUUCCAAUGUCGAGCUUGAUGACUGGAGUCAAGCCUCGGGAGCCGGUAGCAGCUCUGCCUCCUCUGCUACGAGUCGCUUUCUUUCUCGCUUUAACCUCAUCCCUGGUAAUGUGAGCUUCCGAUUGAACAGAGCCAAAAGUUUGGGAUCAUCAAGGGCGUAUCCUGCUUCUCCGACGAGUCUCGCGAUGUUGAACAAUGAAAAUGAGAUUUGUCUACAUUCAGAGCCGCCGAGGGACUUCGGUGAUGGAAUUUCAAAUCAACGGACCAGAACUCCGACGCAACCUCCGGAAGAUUCCUCUGGAGAUAUCCCAAUAUCUAAUUGUUCUAGCAGUUUUACAGGAAAUCGGUCAAUUUCUUUGACAAUCGACGGAGCCAGAGAAGGUGGUGGCACCAGAAUGGGGAUUGAUGUGAACGCUCAUUCUUCUAGGGUUUUUAAUGAUGUUGAUAGUAGGCGGAUCGGAGCUCGAGAGCCUGCUGAGCGGAAUGUUAUUUUUAGUCGGACAUUGAGUGUGGGAAGACUUCGUGACCGUGUUCUUCGUCGAUCAUCGCUAUCUGAUCACACCGUUUGCCCCCUGCAACAAGCGAGGGAAGUGAUAGAUGAUGUUAGGCAGCCCAGUGAAACAGUGACUUUGGGAGGUGAGACAAGGUUGUCGGCAACCUCUCCACCGUCAUCUGCUCCUACUGCAUCCAGUACGUCUAGUUCCAUUUUCAACACUCAGAACCCUGAGGUAGAAAAUUCACGAUCGAGAGAGGCUAGGUAUCAUGAUUUACUGGAACAUAGAUCAAAUUUCCUUGAAAGGAGAAGAAGAAUACGAUCUCAGGUUCGUGCUCUUCAGCGAUUAGGAAGUCGUUUUGAGAACUUGUCUGGACAUGAGAGGUCUUGUAUCUUAUCUGGUCAACACAGAAGUGGCCGAUGCACAUGCCGUGUAAAUAAUAGGGAUUCAAAUUCAAAUGACGAUGCAAGUGCUAGGGCUAGCAUAUCAAGAAUUGUCAUGUUAGCUGAAGCUUUAUUUGAGGUUCUGGAUGAAAUUCACCAGCAAUCUGUAGUUUUAUCCUCCCGACAGUCAGUGUCUUCAAUUGGAUCUGUUCCUGCACCUAACGAUGUUGUGGAAUCUUUGCCUAUCAAGAUAUAUGCUAAGUCACACAAGCUUCAGACUGAUGAGGCUGCACAAUGUUACAUAUGCCUUGUGGAGUAUGAGGAUGGGGAUAGCCUGCGGAUACUGCCCUGCAACCAUGAAUUUCAUAAAUCAUGUAUAGACAAGUGGCUGAAGGAGAUUCACAGGGUAUGUCCUCUCUGUCGUGGGGAUAUUUGCAGAUCGGAUCCGUUACCUGCUGAGAACUAGAGUCCGAGCUAGCUUCUAGCUUUAUGCUUGAAGAACAUGGACAAGCCCCGGAUAUUCUAAACAAAAAUGAAAAAGGGGAAAAAGAAAAGAUGAUGUCGAGCGUGAUGCAUUAGGAAGUUCAGCCUUUUUCUGCCAGCACGUUCUUUACCAUCUAUUGUUGAUUGUUUUUGACUGCUUAAUGCCAAUUAAAAGUUGGUAGAAAUGGACUGAACUUGCAAUCUACAUGUCUCUUCCCACAAGAAAGGAGAAAAGGACAGGAUUUGCUUUGGUCGGAGGAAGAGGGAUGAGAUAUUCACUGUUCAAUCUCUUCUUUUUGACCAACAAAUAUUAUUAAUAUAUUCCCUCUUUAUCACAUUUCCAUAAGUA